UAUCGCGUUUACCAUCUUGGCUCAUGAAACUAAAGAUGUAGAGAUCGUAUAGGGCAUAUUUCUAGAUUUGUAUGCCAACUACUUCAACGGUUUAACACAGGUAACGUCAAAUUCCAACAGGCUUCUAUACCGACCGAAACCUUCAAAAUGGCGACGGGAGGGGAAUCCCCACAAGGUAGCCUGCAGAUAGAGAACUUCGAAUGCAGUAUCUGUCUUCAGGUCUACAUGCGACCCAAAGUACUGUCCUGUGGCCAUACGUUUUGUAAAGAAUGUUUGGUGCCUCUCGCGAAGGGAUCCAAGUCCUUCAAGUGCCCGACUUGUCAGGCGACCAUCAGACUUGAAAGAGCCGGAAGGGCAGGCAUUGAGGGUUUGAUCGACAACAUUUCGUUGUCAAACCUUCGAGAUUACGUUGAAACCUCCAACAGGCAGGGCCCACGAGGAUCGGAGAACCCUACAGUGGUAUCGGACGAAUCCCAGUGCCCUAAGCACCAUGGGGAGGAACUAAGGUACUACUGUCCUCCCUGUGAUGCGGCCAUCUGCGAAGAGUGUAUGUUUGAGGACCACAACACUCAUGGAGUAACUCGACUUAGAAGGACACUACAGGAGCAAUCUAUAAAGGCCAAGGAAGUGUGCGAAGAGGGGACUCGUCUGAUUGAGACAAUCAGACACAAAAUCACCGAACUAGAACAAUCGAGGAAACGCUUGGCCGUGGAGGAAGGUACCCUUGUCAAAGCAGUUGACCAGACCGCCCGAAAGCUAGCCGAUGACUUUGCUACGGAAGUAACAAAACGCGCCAAUUCUCUCAAGGACGAGCUGCACAACUUAUUUGCACCCAGCAACAGCCUGGUUCUGGAUUGCAAAGAAAGUUUGGAAAUCCGUUUGGCACAACUGGUCAGUAGCGUUGAGUCACUGGAGAAGUCUAUCAACCAAGGCGAGGCUAUCGUUGUUUUCAGCGGCAGGAAGAUGCUAAAAGAUCUGAUCGAACAGUCCUCCCAGCCAACCAAAGCAGAGCAAGACGUCGAAACUGGCAACAUUGCAGUCUUCACCCCAACUCCGUACAGUUUUCCUGCAAUUACUUUGGGUAAAGUUCAAGCAUGGUUAUAUAUUGCAGCAACAUCAAAGAUAUGGGAGCGGAAAAAGGAGACUGACGAAGAGAAAGUCGAGACAUCGGCGGCUCCGAAGGAAGACUCACCGGCGCCCGAAGUGGACGGUGUGACCAACAAUAACGAGGCAGAGGAGAAUGAUGAAGAUAUAGUAGAGAUAGAAGACAAAUCUGGGUUAAAAUAUAAAUGUAGGGAAGACCAGAGGAAUCCAUUGAAUUCUGAGGGGAAGAAGCAAUACGACAGGAGUUUCCUCCUGCAAUUCCAGCCCGAGUGCAUCGACAAGCCCGACGGACUGCCAAAGAUCGUAGAUGUCGUUCUAGACAAGCCUCUAAUUAUCACGCCGCAACAGAUGCAGGGGCGGCCGCAAGAUUUCAGGGGAAUGGGAGGUUCCCCAGGGAUCCCUGACCCAUGGCCAAUACCAUCCUACAUGAAGUCGCCAGGAGGAGACCAUAGAAGAAUGGUACAUUUACAGAAACCUUCAACGAUGAAGAGAGGCGCGGAGAAGAGUCCUGAGGAGGAAGUAACUGACGAAGUCUUCGAGAAGAUGCAGGGCAUCCUUGACAAGCUGACCUCUCAGAACUUCCAGACACUGUGUCAGCAGGUCCUGGAUCUGGACAUCGUGACGGAGGAGAGGCUGAAGGGGGUCAUCGACCUGGUGUUCGAGAAGGCCAUCACGGAGCCCAACUUCAGCGUCGCAUACGCCAACAUGUGCCGUUGCCUCAUUCAUCUAAAAGUGCCCAUGAAGGACAACCCCAAACAGACCGUCAAUUUCCGCAAGCUGCUACUGAACCGUUGCCAAGGAGAGUUCGAGAGGGACAUAGACAACAAGAUGGAGAAAGACGAGAGGAUGAGGAAAAUAGAGCUAGCCAAGAAUGAAGACGAAAAGAAGAAGAUGCAAGCAGAGCUAGAGGAGGAGAUGGCUAAUGCCAGUAGACGAUCGCUGGGUAACAUCCGCUUCAUCGGCGAGCUCUUCAAACUGAAGAUUCUGGCGGAGAACAUCAUGCACGACUGUGUGGUCAAACUUAUCAAGUUCAACGAUGAGGAAUCCCUGGAGUGUCUGUGCAGACUGCUCACGAUGAUAGGCAAGGACCUGGAUGUCGAGAGAGCAAAGCCCCUUAUGGACCAGUACUUCGAACAGCUGGAGAGGAACACCAAGCAGAAGAAGACGUCUUCAAGACUCAGGUUCAUGAUCCAAGACGUCUUGGAGCUCAGGAGGAACAACUGGGCGCCGCCGUAAAAGGGACGACAACGUCAUUAAGGCCAUCUACCGAAUUCACACGGAGGCUCAUCUUCUGUUAACUAAUGUUAGUUAAUUUUGGAUUCCAUGAAAUAAACAUACUACAUGUAUAACA